AUGUCAGUGGCGGUUUUUGGAAUUUUUUNUGCAGAUCCAAUGCGCAUGACGCUGACGUCACAUGGUGUCCAAAAGCCUCAGUGUGUUAUUUGUCACGUUGUAUUAAGUAACGAUGCCCUCCGACCUAGUCGACAAGAACGACAUUUAACCACAGCUCAUCCGAUGCUAAAAGGAAAACCUAAAGAGUUUUUUGUUGCUAAAAAAAAUUCUUUAAGUAUAAUGAAAAUUGACCAUACCGGAGAGUUUCAACAGAAUAAUGAAAAAAUUGUUGAAGCUUCAUAUCACAUCGCCUUCAUGGUGGCUCAGCAAAAGAAACCUCAUACCUUGGGUGAAACAUUAAUUAAACCUAGCAUACUUAAAACUGUUGAAAUAGUACUUGGCGCAGAAAGCAAAAGGAAAAUAGCUCAAUUAUCUCUUCCAGAUAAUACAGUGAAACGACGUAUAGAUGAAUUAGCUUUGGACAUUAAAAAUCAGUUGAUUCAUAAAUUAAAACAUUCCGUAUUCUUUGCAAUCCAGUGUGAUGAAUCAACUGAUGUGGCCAAUUGUUGCCAGCUAUUAGUUUACUGCCGUUUUAUAAAUGAACAGUCCAUCGCAGAAGAACUUCUAUUUUCCCAGGCUUUAAAUUCCACCUCAAAAGGCAGUGACGUUUUGUCUGCCAUUGACAUAUUUUUUGAUCAGAAUGGUUUGUCUUGGAAAAAUGUUGUAGGUGUCUGUACAGACGGUGCACCUGCAAUGCUAGGAUCAAGAUCGGGUUUUGUAAGCCUAACAAAAAAUAAAAACCCGUCAAUAAUUGGUUCUCAUUGUGUAAUACACCGACAAGCUUUAGCUGCAAAAACGCUGCCAUCUGAACUUAAAAAUGUACUUGAAGUAUGUAUAAAAGUUGUUAACACCAUGAAUAAAUAA